CUGGAAAAAUACUUAUCCAUGGCUUGAAUGUAAUACUCAAAAUGAUCGAAUGUUUUGUGUUUUAUGUCGUGCUUCUAGUAAAAAAAAUGCUUUUGCUACGAGCAGUUCUACAAACAUUAAACUUUAUGCUAUAAAAGAAUACGUUAAAACUAAAGAUCAUAUCGAUUCAUAUAAAAAAAAUGAAAAUUUAAAUUUAUCGCCUAAACAUGUUAUAAGCUUAAUGAAAAUUAUCUACUAUAUGGCCAAAAAUGACAUUUCUUUAAGG